CGCCCUCCACGCUGUCGGUGAUUUUCAUCUCCUGGCCGGAGGUGAGAGUCUCAGGCUGGAUAGGGCUCUUUGCAUGCUGAUGGUGGUUGUUACUGAAGCCAUCCGGGGCGCACUGGCCGUUCCGCACAGCGCCUGAAGACGGAUCCACAAUGGUCAAGUCCGGGACUGGGUAGGGGUUCGGUGUCGCCGGGUCUGUCAUUGCCGCUGUUAGUUAUUUUGUAUUUUCAAACUCAGCAGCAGACGAAGUGGAGGGUGUUGUUAAUGAUGAAGAAAGAUUCGCUGAGUAGAGCGGACGUCCAAGCGCCACCGUUAGAACGCCACCAGUGGCGGCCCGAUUGCGCAGGAGGGGUGGAGAGGUGAGAGAUGAUGAUAAGGUAAGAUCUAUCGUCCGAUUACAGGGAGCAGAGAGACUUGUGCCCUUUAGUAAACAGCAGCCUGUCUAUCGAAGCUGGAGACAGUUUGGACUUGGAUGCAGUGAUGCAUGCAUGGCUGAGAUGUGCUGAGAAUGUGGCGGGCGGGUCCAGCACAUUGUUUCCUCCUCCCAUUUUCAGCAGCGCACUUUAGGGAAAUGCAUCCCCAAUCAAGAUAGAUGCUAGUAUCUGCAUUUCAACACUGUUCAUCUAACAAUUCCAUAAUAAAAUAAUACAGUGAUCUAGAAUGACCAAUGCCUUUAUUAUAUAAAACCUGUUUAAGAAUGUGUUGCCACCUUUUAUCUGUAUAUGAAGUACAUGCACCCUACAGUAUCCUUCUCCAGGAAAAGCUCUGAUACUUUGCUGUAAAAGUGUAAUCACCUCCGGGUGAGCUUGGGUAUAUAAUCCUCCAUCUUGGCAGUCAAAUUCAUUCAUUCAUUGCAAAGAUGGCAGUGACGAGCACUUUCCAGCUCACGCACACCCCUACCCCUUGAGGAUGAAGUGAGUACUGCCAGCGCCUCCUCGUAUAACAUUUCAGUGUAUUUUAUUGUCCGAUUAUGUAACACUUACAUUAAAGACAUUACACAAGCUGUAGACGGUGAUGCUUUAUGAUGAAUGUUUUUGCAACAUUAUAUUAUUGGCGACAUGCAGACAAACACAAGCUGGCAGGCCCCAUGAUCCAACUCAGUUCCCUGACUGAGUGCACUCAGAGGCAGGGCUUUCUCUCGUUUUAGGCUUCUGCCCUGUAUUUCAUCAGGAAAUGUACAAAUUCAGCAAUUUUUGCUUAACAAAAUGUUAAAAAUGUAAUCAUACAGAAAAUACAUUAAUAAUACAUUUCUGUGUGAUGCUUUUAGUGUUUCUUUUAUGAUACCGUAACUGUAUUUUGCGUUUUGUAGUGACCCCCCUGCUGUUCCAUUGUGUUGUUAAGCUUAUUGUGAAGUCAGUUCUUCUACUGCAUCCCUAAAAAGGAGCAACUAUCUAUUAAGCAAGCUGAAGCACCUCUGACCAUCUCAUAGGCAAUUCUAUAGCACCAAAAUAUAAGUCCUUUGACAUAGUAGGGCUUUGGGGCCAAAAAGCUAAGGCAUUUGAAUGCAAGCGAAUAGUAGUUUUUGCUUUUGUAUACUUAUUUUUAACUGGUGACAUUAUUUUGCUCAAAAUUGUGCAGUGUCUAAGAAACAUGAAUGAGAGAAUAAUUGUAUUGUUUUCUUGAUAUUGUGACAUUGUAUUGUUGGAUUUAUAUAUUAAGUUAUUCACAUAUUGAUAAAAAUACAUUUUAGUUUGCCUAAAAUAUUUGGAUUAUCCUCAUUCGUUUUACUAGGAUAUAUUGAAGCCCAUCCCAGCUGUCUUUGGGCAAGUUGAUCAAGAAAUUAAAAACAAAAUCUUUGUGUGUGUAAAGUAAGUAAGUGUUAGUAUCGGUAUUGGCAAUACUGGCCCUGUAUUUACUUGAAAUAGGAGCGAUACCAACAUUUGCUGUAUUGCCCAUACAGGUAUUUGUGAAAAACACACAUAAAAGACAACAGUCCUGAAAUAGAAACAAUACAACAAAUAAUAACAAUGUGUCAUGCUGGGUCCAAGGCCAGGGUGCAAAAAAGUGGCUUUUAAGACAAGUUAUGAAAAUAGACAUUAAAGGGGCCUCUCUACAGAUGCUUGAUAUUGGCAAAAGAAAUUGUAGGAAAAAGUGGCUCGCUCGGAGUAAUGAGGCAGACUAAAAAGACAUGACAAGGAACAAAUUGGAAAGAGUCUAAGGAGAGGAUGGCUAACAGGACUAAAAUGACUGAGACAGUAUCUCCAUUCUCCCUCAAUGGACGCCAAGAGCUGUAGAAGCCCGUUGAGGAUCAUAAUAUAGUUUGGUAUAGAGUAAUAUCUCACUUUCUUCUCACACAGGCAUAAUGGGAUCCUGCUGAGCCUCAUCUGGGAGUGGGUUGAACAGUCUGGAGCAGUGGUGUCCAAAGUCUGGCCGGGGGGUUAUUUGCGGCCCACUGCUGUUUUUUAUUGGCCCGCAGGACAUUCUUUGAAUGAAAAAAAUGAAAAAUAAAAACAAUAACAGCAGCAACAAUGGAAAAAACAGCAGUAAUUUUACUAAAAUAAAGUCAAAAUAUGAAGAACAUUUUUUUGUAAUCUUAACAAGAAAAAGCCAUGAUUUUAUGUCGUAAUAUUAUGAGGAAAAAUAACCUAAUAUUAGUAUCAUAAAGUUGGCAUAGUAAAGAAAGAAGACGUUAUUUUUAAAAUAUAUUAUUUAACCUUAAAGGCCAAUAUACUGUACUUGCAGUCGAGGCACAUACAGACAGGCACAUACAGACAGGAGCAACAAUGCUAGCCAAAUUAAGAGAAGGAGUAUGAAUUAAGAGGUGUUCCUCAUAUCAGUCGUACUUUUCUUCUUGCUGCAAGAUUUGCAACAGUAGUUUGCAACAGUAAAGGGGUUUUGUUUCCACAUAUCCUCUUGUAAAAACUGCAACCAAGUCAGUGCAGUUUCAGUCUCCUCACACCAGACGCUUCCACAAUGUAUCUGCAAAAUACCACAGACCUGGUAUUUUUAUAAGGGCUGUGAAAAUAAGCUCAUAAUAUGCAUCUCCCAUGCUAUAUUUCUGCAUCAGUGGAACAUGCAAGGUCUGAGGAACUGUGUCAACAAGACGCACUCACAGUGAAAUCCUGGGUGAAGAAAUAGGAUACAGUUGUCCCUCGCUACAGCGCAGUUCAAACAUUGCUCCCUCAAUCUAUCACAGUUUUUCAAAAAUUAAUUAAUAAAUUGUAGCUGUUUUGUGGUUGACUAUGACCUAUUAUUAGUCAAAAAAAUAUUGAAAGACAAGCUAUAUGUCGUAUUCUGGUCAUUAGGUGUCAGUAAUGUUACAUUGAUGAGACAUGACAUUAUAUUACAUUAUCUUCACAAUGCAUGGAGUCAGCCAUGGCAUGUCCGACAUGACAAACGUUUUUUUCCCGAUGGACGAAGUGACAGGUUUUUGGCUUCUUAGUCUGUCCUUCUUCCCCACUCCGUUUGAAACACUGUCUUAAAGGGAUAGUUUGGAUUUUUUGACAAGUUGUAUGACAUCCCCCAUCAGCAGUGUAGUCCACCAACAGCGACUCACCCCCCACUUUGUCUUCUAAGUCCAGUUCUGGUCAGGUUUUGGUGAUGAAGAACAUAGUUGCAGGGAGUCGCUGGGGUUUCACAAGUAAGGGGUUUGGCUUCUCAAAACAAUAUGCGUUCCAACGAGUAAUACGUUUGCAUCACAAAAACGCCUACUUGCAAAAAUCCGGCCUGCACAAAUCGCUCUGUGUUAUAUUUGCCUCCCGCUGUAUCCCUGCGCGCUGUCGCCUCUCCAUUCGUGUGUAUGUGAUGAAGACGCUUCCACGACGAAGCGCAGUGGCCACCUUGUUUAUGUGUGUUCCACAGCGGAAAAAGAUGCAAGCUAGUUGAGAGGCUAACUAGUUGACUCGGUAGUUUGCUAUGCUACUGGUGGCUGUCUCUUAUGCCCCUGCAGUGAUCCCGUAGCCUGCGCAAUGUGGUGUAAACAAAAAAUAAUAGGAGUGUAAAGGUGACUGUAGGGGUGUUAUUUUAUGUCUACAGGGCUCUAAUAAUAUUAAAAAUCAUAAAUGGGUUUUCUAUGCUGUAACUGCCAAAAUAUAUUCUAUUUAUUAAUAUUGAAUCCUACUUUCGUCUGGAAACAAUUAACCGCGAUAAACGAAAGACGACUGUAUACGGUAUUGGCCUGAUCUAAGACCAUGUCCACACAAACAUGGAUAUUAAAAAAAUAAAUAAAUUUUAAUAUAGUCAAACCCCAGUUUUUCACCAAAAUGUUUCUUUGUUUCUCAUGCACUGUCUCAGACUUUCAUAGGUGAAUGUUGUGGUAUUAAUAAAGAUGUGGACGGAUUACUCCCAUUAUGGCAUUUUUAUUCAACCAUCCUGGAUCACACACCCAACACCAAAUCUUGCGAUACUUACCUAACACAAUACCACGGUAUGCUAUAAGGCACAUUCAGGUUUUUGUCCUUAAAAACAGAGGUCAGAGAGGAUAAACUCAGGCUUCAGUGUUUGUGUAUAGACAGGUAAAACAUAGAAAUGUGCAACAUUGUCUCCAUACCUCUUGUGUGAAUUCUCAUAUUCCCCUAUUUUCUGGAAAAUGUCCCUUAUUUUCAAAUGCAAAUGUUUUUUAAGCCUUUUUUACCAACAGAACGCGAGUAAUAAAGUUAUCGCCAUUAGUGAAGUGUACGUCUUAACACAUGCAGGAGAUUAAAAAAACAUUUAGGAUGUUUCCUUCAUGUAAGUGAGCGCUGAUUUAAAUGACUUUUUAAUGUACCCGGCAUUGUACAUCUACUAUAUCACUGUAUUGAUGAACGGAGGUGUUACAGUGUACGACGAAAUCCAAAUAACAGCCUGUGAAUGUGUUUUUAUGUGGACAGGGAAUUUUUUUUUUUUAACUCCGCUGCUAUUGAAAGAGAUUUUAUUGUAACACCGGAGUAGGGUUUUUUUUUUCAUAAUAUAAUGAUAUUUGUGUGGACAUGGCCUAAUUUGCACUUGUCACCACAAGGUCUGAGCUAAAUGAAAUAAUAAUAUUAAUAACAGGGAGGCUUUAUUUGUGCACCGGGGCACAGUCAUACUACAACAUAAAAGGCUCUCUCAAACUUUCUCCAAAAGUUGUAAUCAUAUAAUUUUGGGAUAGGAUAAAACCGAACACAUGCACAUGAUAGUCAAAGUGUCUUAUUCUUCAUCACAGUCUUAAAUGUUGUUCGGUGUAUUUGUGUUGUGUACCUUAUGCUUUCCCAAAAAAUGUUAGGUAUGAGGAUUACUACUUAUCAAAGUAGUGUCUGCAGAAGUAUUCAAGAUUAACUUUAUUGUCUCACGGAGAGAUUGUCUUGGGUCAUUCCACCAUCUGUCUCCUCCACAAGCACUGAAUUGACUGUUAGGCCUGAGUUUGGAUAGGCCGUUGUUGCAAAAUGUGUUUCCUGCUAUGAACUGGACAAAACUAAGCAUGUGCGAUGCAUGUAAUUGCUUCCUCUGUUGCACUUUUUCCCUUACUUUAUUAUUGUGGGAGUAGUAAUACUAGUGAGGAUAAGCGGCAUAGAAAAUUGAUGGAUGGAUGGAUAGUAAUAGGGAUAAUAAUAGAGGGGUACACUUCUUUGUCUAAGAGUUAUUCAAAUAAAAGUUUCAUCAUUAUGGAAUAACAAUGAACCACAAAAAAAGAAUUGGCUCUGAGCUUCGUUAAUAAAUGACAGGGUGCGUGGCAGCAGUAGUUAUUCACCUGACGGUCAUCGCUUUCAAGAAGAGUGACUUUGCCGGAUUUCCUCACGGUUAUUGCAUGAAAAACGCUGCAGGCAGACCUCCACGCGUCCCCAGGGCAAUCAAAAAGAUGAAGCUUGAUAUACACAAUCAUAUUUUACCAAAGGAAUGGCCCAAUUUGAAGCAGAGGUAUGGAUACGAUGGGUUUGUCCAGCUUCACCAUCACUGCAAGGGUGAAGCAAACAUGAUGAAGGAUGGUAAGCUGUUUCGUGUGAUACAAGAGAACUGCUGGGAUGCAGACACACGAAUACGAGACAUGGAUAAAUACGGUGUCACAGUUCAAGCCCUUUCGACUGUUCCUGUGAUGUUCAGCUACUGGGCCAAACCUCAUGACACACUGGAUCUUUGUGUCCUUUUAAAUGAUGAUUUGGCCCAAACAGUGCGCAGCCAUCCCAAAAGGUUUGUGGGUCUGGGAACGCUGCCCAUGCAAGCCCCCGACUUGGCUAUUAUGGAGAUGAGGCGUUGUGUCAAGGAAUUGGGUUUCCCUGGUGUGCAGAUUGGCUCACACAUAAACGACUGGGACCUCAAUGCGGCUGACCUUGAUCCAUUCUAUGCUGCAGCUGAAGAGCUGAAUUGCUCCAUUUUUGUACACCCUUGGGACAUGCAGACAGAUGGGAGGAUGGCUAAGUAUUGGCUGCCCUGGCUGGUGGGUAUGCCAACAGAGACAACGAUGGCUAUUUGCUCAAUGCUUUUUGGAGGUGUCUUUGACAGAUUCCCAAAACUAAAGGUUUGCUUUGCUCAUGGAGGUGGCUCUUUCCCAUUCACCAUUGGUAGAAUUGAACAUGGCCACAAAGUUCGGCCUGACUUGUGCGCUGUGGACAACACAACCAAUCCUCGGAAAUACCUUGGUUCUUUUUACACGGACUCCCUUGUUCAUGAUCCUAUCUCCCUGAAGCUGCUUAUUGAUGUCAUUGGAAAGGAUAAAGUGAUGCUUGGAACUGAUUACCCAUUCCCACUGGGUGAGCUCCAACCCGGAUCCCUGAUUGAGUCAAUGGAAGAAUUUGAUCAAACACUAAAGGAUAGGCUGCUGGCAGAAAAUGCACUGGAAUUUUUGGGCCUUAAAAAAGAUCAAUUUCAGUGACAGGGUGAUUGACUCUCGCCUGUGCUUAAGCGUGAAUACUUAUAUUUGAACGAUUCUGUAUUGGAAGUGAAAUAUUUUAAAAUUUCAUAACUUGUUAAUUGUUUUACAUGAUUCAAAAGAGUGAAACAAACUACAGGUGACCUUUGUACGAAUGUGCAAGAAUUCUUCUAGGCAUAAUGAAUUAUGGAGGUGUUUUUCAAACAGACUUUCGAAUGCAGUCAAUCCUAAAU